AUGUUCUUGGGGGCGGACUAUGACCUACAUCGGUCCACCCGCACCUUAGAUCUAGCCUCCCACGGCUCAGUUCCGCCCUCCCGCACCUCAGAUCUAGCUUUCCGCGGCUUAGAUCUACUCCUCCGCGACCUCAAUCCUCCCUCCCGCGGCCUCAAUCCUCCCUCCUGCGGCCUCAAUCCUCCCUCCCGCGGCCUCAAUCCUUCCUCCCGCAGCCUCAAUCCUCCCUCCCGCGGCCUCAAUCCUCUCUCCCGUGGCCUCAAACCGCUUCCCCUGUGGCAGCAAUCCUCCCUCCCGCCGCCACGCCUCAAUCUGCUCGCCGACGUGUCCGGCCUGCGCGCCGACGCGGACGACCAGCGCGGCGACGCGGACGACCUGCGCGCCGCUGCGGACGGACAGUGCGCGGUAGCCGACGACCUACACACCGACGCGGACGGCCAGCGCGCGACCACGGACGACCCGCGCGCCGACGUGGACGGCCAGCGCACAACCACCGACGUCCCCCGCGUUGACGCGGACGGCCAGCGCAUGACCGCCGACGACCCGCGCACAGACGCGGACGGCCAGCGCGCGACUGCCAAUGACCCGCGCACUGACACGGACGGCCAGCACGCGACCACUGACGGCCCGCGCGGAGUCGCGACCGACCUGCGCGAGGAGGGUGGACUCCAGCCCAUCGCCCCUUCUGCGCCCACUGGACCUGCUCCCGACAAGCCCGGACCUGAGCCCGAGCCUCCUGGUGAUCCUCCCUCCUUCGCGCCUAACGUGGAAACUGCCAUCCGUGCCUACCGCACCACACUCAACGACCACCUUCGCCGCCAACUACGCGAUGAGGACGACAAGCGCACCUAUGAGGAAGCUGCUGCCCGCCACCGCGAAUACCAAGCCUGGCUCACCACGUAUACCACACGCUUCGCCACCUACACCACCGACAUCGCUGCGUGGCGCAUUGCUGAUCGCCGAGCUCUCGCCAUCCUCCUCGCCACUAUCCCCUCCUCCCUCAAAUGA